AUGUUACACUCUCCAACCAACUCAAGACACCCUCGACACACUCACUAUGCCGAUACCCUCACAAUACAAUCAAGCCACCUUCGACGACACCUUCAAAAUCCGCCCCAUCCGCAUGCACGCCCCGGCCGAAAAGGCUGCCGUCGUCUCUCUCAUCAACCGCUGUUACCGGGGCCCGGACAACUGGACCAACGAAAGCGCGCUCGUCAAGGGCCUGCGCAUCCACACCGAAGCCCUCGAAGCCUCCCUACGCACGUUUGAAAUCCUCGUCGUUGAGCACCGCCUGCGAGAGGAGGUCAUCGCAUGCGUCAGGACGGGAAUCACGUACAAGACAAUGGGGAAGACUUUGGCCGAGCCGGCGGGCUAUCUCGGCCUCUUCGCCGUCCUCCCAGAGUUCCAGAGCAGGGGAGUCGGGUCGAGGCUUAUGAAGGCCGCAGAGACCUAUUGCGCAAGUAAGGGCGUGUCCAAAAUGGUAAGUAUUUUUCGCUCAAUUGGCAAACGAAGGGCAGCAACCGUACUAAACAUCCUUCUUGUUUUGCACAACGGAUACAGUGCAUUGAUGUGUUACAUGUGCGACAGGAUAUUAUCGAAUGGUAUAAUCGAUGCGGUUAUCGUAGAGUUGGCGGUUCCGUCGAUGCGGGUCCGCUCAUUGAAGAGGGCGGCGAGACUCUCUUGGUCCCGUGCUCUUUCAUUCUCAUGCAAAAGAGCUUCACACCUGAGAGAAACGCACACCCCUCAGCCACGGUUUUGAAAACAGACGAAUGUAUCAACAGCAACAGCGCAGACGAGAAAUGUGCACAGGGCACGGGCAUGGAUGAUGCAUUGGAGGUCUAACGACCGCUCAUUAUUUUUUAUUUCUCUUAAACUCACUCCUGCCGAAGGGGAGGUACUGGCAUGAGUCACUCUUCUUUAUUCAACUUAGGAGCUUCAUGCAU